GUGACGUCAUAAGUAUCGACACUAGCGUUUUCAGUUUGCUAUUUGAUCGCUGAUUAUUCUUGAUUCUAGCAUUCAACUUUAUUUCAUCGCCUUAUUUCUCAAUACAACGUUAUUGGCACAAAGAAGCCUACAAGGACUAUUGAUUUACUUGAAGAUAAGGACCCGUAAUGUAAUGAGCUAAAGAUACGAGUGAAUGGCAACGGAAGAAAGUGAUGAGGAGUUGGUGCAAGAUAAGAAAGAGGGUCCUUUCCAAAGAGAGAAAGAUGACGAGCAGAAACUCGACGAAAGAGAAAAAACAAGCCAACCACGGAUAGAAAAUUCAGGCAACACACAGGCAACAACAACCAACACACACGCAACAAGCAAUACGCCUAAAUCGACAAGCAACACACCAUUGUCGAAAAUGGCUGAUACCUCUAAAGAUCAGAAAGGCCAGAAUAAGAACGAAGAAUCUAUUAAAAUCCGGAAAGGAAAGAAUGAGGCUAAAAAUAGUGAGACUUUGGAGAGAAGUGCGGCGAGUGAAAUAGCAGAAAAACCGAAGGGAAGAGAGUCUAAAUUUGAGGAAACCAUGGCGCAAGUUGGCGAAUUCGAGGAAGUAAACGAGGAAGGAACCCAACAGGAAAAGAACGAAGGUGACAAUGGACCCCUUGCAACUCAUGGUGAAGCAUUUUCUGCCACAUCAAAUGGGAGAGAGGAGCAUGACGAAUCCAAACAAGAUGACUAUUGCAGCAGCGAGAACGAAAAAUCAGGAGAAUCUUCGGGUGUUGAAGCGACGAGUAGCGGUAAAGAGAGUAAUAGCGGGGACCUUGUGGCGGAAGAUGUUCCAGAACUCAACAAACCCUGGCCUCCUCUCCUUGCUGAGUACAAGGGAAAAGCCCGCUCGUUCAGCGACACUUCGCCGCACAGACGGAUCUUAGAGGUCACUGAAAGGGUGCGGUCUUGUCGCAGCUAUAUGCUACUCCCACACAUGACUGACGCAGACGAAAUUAAAAAUCGGCGAGAAAACGAGUCUUGUACUCCGCGGCUACACCAGAGCUUUAGCUGGAUGAGCAUGCCCCACUUCUCAGGCAACGACAGGGACAAUGACUACCCCACGGUGUCCGUGAUGGCACUGGCGGACGUACAGGGCAGCGACGAUGCAAUCAUCUCUGAUAACAACGAUAGAACAAAAAACGCGGAGGACUCAUCGUGUGACCCUGAAGAGUCGGAGAGUUCAGAAUCACUAGUCAAGGAGAAGGCUCUCCAGAUAUGGGAGCGGGGAAUGGGGCGGACAAGAUCGCUGUCUGAGCCCUCGGUCCCUAGCGGUCCAAUAGAUGAAGGGACUGACAGGGAAGAUGGACACGAUGGAAGGAGGCCACGAUCUUUCAGCUUGGAGAGUUAUGACAAAAUGAAGCAGCCACCAGGAAACCGGCAAUUCCAGACAACACUUGGCAGUCUUGACGAGGACGGCACGGAGGACAAGCAGAGUCUCGAGGACGUGACCAGGACUAAGCCAUCAUCGAUUCUUCUACUCGCCGAGAACACGGAUUUCGAAUCUGAUGAGUCACCCGAACAGGAAAUGGCGAUUGAGAGACACAACUCAAACGACGAAGUACUAACUCGCUGGACUCGGCAUGAGGGUAAACAAGGUGCGAAUCCGUCCCGCCGGGCAAGUGAUCCAAGCAAGAUAGCGGAGUGCAUGGAGUCGAGGCACUCUCGUAGUGAGUCUGUACUAGCGCUUGUGGAUGAAGUGACGCAAGACGUCAUGAUGGCGGCCAGCGGUAGCACGUUCAGCAACUUUAGCGAGGCAGACUCCGAAGAGUCACGUCACGUGAUCGAUCCCAUCAACUACUGGCGGGGAAAGAUACCGUCUCGCUUGCGCAUUCGCCGAACUACCCUAGCCACAGGAAGUCCAAUGCGCGAGUCUACUCAAUACGCGACCCAAAUUGAGAAACAGGCGUUCAGUAAAAUAAGUCAAUGGAAAGAGGACUUCGCACUUAAACUGGACGACGUGCUUAGCAAAGGCUAUAAAAACAAGACAAAUGAAGAGAAGAAAAGUACCAAACCGAAAGUUAUAAACGUACCAAUGAAUCUCUCUGAGGCGGAGCUUAAAACGAUGCGGAAGAAAAUGGUGCUUGAGCUGAAAAGGAAGUCAGUAUCAGGAGAACUUCCCUUGAUGCUGUCAAGUUUCGAAUCCCGUCGUAGUACCAGUAGCGCCUCGAGCAUCCCCUCCCCACCCUCACCCCCUAGGGUCGCACGUAUCGUGCGCUCGAGCGGCAAAGACGUGAAGGAUCUUCAAGGGAACUUGAUCCAAGAGUUGAGACGAGUAUCCGUCGCAGAGAGUGGGGAUAGUGACAUGGUUCCAUCAAAGCUGCUUAAAAGGCUACGUGCCAUGCAACAAGCAAGCCUUGAAGGCCAGAGUGAUCACAGGGAAAGCACCUCAACGGAGAGCGUGCAAGUAGCUCGACCAACCAAGCUGAUCUCCCCGACGCUAUCCUCGAGUCAUGGGCUCGGCCGGGUGGUUAUGAACAAGGAAAAAAUACAAGAGUUAUUGCUCUGGCAUGACCAGGAAAGGGAGAGAUUAUUAAGUGAGAUGAAAAAAAUAUCGGGCUCUUCCGAUGUGCAUUCACCAGCUCGAGUGGUAUUUCAGGGCGCAGAACUCGAGAAAGUGUUUCGGUCCCUACAAGUGAUGAUGGAUACCAUCUUCAAAGAGACCAUUCAAAGGCUUCGCGGAUCAGACAGCGAGAAAUCUGAGAACGAGCAAGGUGAGGAUAACAGUGAGACGGCAGGGAAAUUAGAAGAUGACGUCUCUAAAGGAUCUGGAAAAAGGAAGGAAAUGAGAGCAUCGGAGGUAGCGAUAAGUGGGAAGGAGAAAACGGGGGACAGUGAAACAGGACAGGAUCGUGCAAAGGGUAAGCCGGUAAGACCUUCAAGGAGAAAGAGGAAGGCCAAAGUACAAAUGCAAGCAGACUCGUCCCAAGAGAGUGAUUCUCCUGUUAGUGCUACCAAAGCGAACGGCAAAGAUGAGACGUCAGCCACGUUUAGAAGCAAGAUCCCACGUUUUAAUGUGUUCAAAGGCAAGCAAGAGAAAGCUCAAGGCAUAGAAACAAACUACAUUUUACAGCAGUCAGCAAAUGGUACAAGUGAGGCCACCAGUGACGCAUCAACUAAAAACAGGAACUCAACUCAGCCACAGGAAAAACCCAGUGAAGGCGGUUACAUCGGAGGGCCUGAAGACACCACAACACAAAGUGAAGACACAAUGCAAGUCACCAGCGGGUUAACAGGGGAGAGCGAGGAGGACACCACGGCGGAUACUAAGGAGUUAGAGGAGUUAGCCCUUGAGGCAGACGUCGCUAGCGAAGGCACCAGGGGACACGCCCCUAAUAAGGGGGCCCGAAGGCGCGCCCAGGUAUCUCCUGGCUGCUCGUCCUCAUCAGGGUUCUCUGCCCUUGCAGAGUGUGACAAGGAGGUCCAGAUGACCUCGAGUAGCCGAGAGGCGGGUUCCUUCUCAAAUGUCGCUUACGGAUCAAAUGGCGCUUACGGAUCAAAUGGCGCUUACGGAUCAGAUGGCACUUACGGAUCAGAUGGCAGUGGCAGCGAGUGGAGUAAUGCUCUGCUAUUUGAUGGCGACGAUGGCAGCUCCUCUUGUAGCGAACUUGCUGAGCUGUUGACUGUUUGCCAGUCGUUCAGCGCACAGGAUUACGAUAACAGGCCGCACGCUCCUGAGCCUUUGACGUACGAGGAGAGAGAUUACAUAAACAAGAUAAAGAAACUUAAGGCGAAGCUGAAGGAAAAGAGGGAAAUAAUAGAUAAACUGAAGCACGAGGAAAUGGUUGUCACCAGUGAGCGGAGCGAUCUCCAAAAAGAACUGUACGAGUUGAAGAUGAAGUUUACUGACAGAGAUAUAGCGAAUUUAGCAUCUGAGAAGGAAUUCGAGGUCAUAUCCGAAACUGUGGAUAAUCUACGAGCACUGCUCGAAGAAAAAAAAGAGCUUUUGGAAACAAAGGAUAAACAGAUUGUUCGACUUCUUAGGUCGGAAUUGGAAGGGCAUAAGGACUGCAACAGCCAGUUAAUGGAAGUGAGGAACAAACUUAAGGGUGUUAUUGACGAGAAUAAGGUCUUUAGAAUGGAGGUUCUUAGGCUACGGCAGCUCGCAAAGGUGACAAAGAAGGAUAUUAGUACGAGCGUGGAAAUAGAAUCAGAGUCCGAGGAUAGCGAAGGAGAAAAACUGCAAAUGAGUAUCAAGACAGCGUCAGAAAAAAUGGAACAGCUACGAAAAGAGAUGCAAGAAAAGCAGGAGCUCGAAGAAACACUCCGGAGAAAAGAGGACGAGAUCGCAGAGCUGAUGACCAACACAGACAAGCGAUUCAGCGAGAUCCAGCACGAGCUGGCCAAUAUAGAGGCUGAGAGAGACCAACUGAAAGAUCGCGUGAAAAGGCUGGAGGAGUCCAAGCAGGUGACGAUGGUCGAUAUCGAGAACAUCAUCAAGCGGAGGAACACGCGGGCGGAAGUGAGCAAGAUGGCAGAGAAGAUCAAUGAAAUCCAGCGGAACAGAGGAAAAUCUGAAGCAAUCACAGAACAGAUGGGCGAGAAUAUGGACGAGGCUGAUAUUCAAAUGUACAAGGAAAGUGAUAAAAUCCUUGAAGAGAUUACUUUGACCAAGGAAGCGGAGGCCAUCGAGGUGGCUCUGAUGAAGAUCAAAAUAGAAGAGUUGGAGAAAAGGUUAAUGGAAAAAGACGGUUUAGAAGAGGAAGUCCACAUAAAGAACUUGGCAAUAGAUGCACUGAAAGAACAAGAAAUAAAAUUGACCGCCAUUAUCAGUGAUCUUCUCAAGCGCGAUGACAAUGGGCCUGAGACAGCUAAUAAUCCGCUUGAGCAACAUCUUAGAGGUCAGGAGAGGCUCAGGGAAGUACUGGAGAAAAAGGAACGAGAGUUGGAUGACAUGCAAAACUUGGAAAAAAAAAGAAGUGCUGCGAUCAAUGAGCUGAUGCAGAGACGAGACAUGGAGUCUCAAGGCUUGACAGAGGCGUCCAAGAUCUGCAACCUUGAAAAGGCAUUAAAAGAUAAGGAAGCUCUUGAGAAACGACUAAAAUCGAAAAACCAGCAGCUUUCAAUCAUAAAAGAAGAGGAGGACGCUGGAAAAAAGCAAUUAGAAGUAGCUUUUUGUAAGCUGGAAAAGGAACGUAAAUUGCUGAAAGAAGAGGAAGAGAGAUUAGCUGCUUCUUAUAAGGAUAAGAUAAAAGAUUUGGAAAGGCGGCUGGAAAGACGAGGGACAGAGAUUAAGGUUCUUGUUGAAGAAAAGAACAAGGAGUCGCUUGACUUUCUACAUAAGAUCGCUAUGUUGGAGCAAGAAAAGGAAGAACUGAAAUCCAAGAUGACCCAGCUUGAGUCGAACAAGUCUGCACUAAGUGAAGAGAGAAUAACAGAGAUGGAACAACUAAUGCAGCGGAGAAACACAGAGUAUGAAGCAUUCAACGAAAAGACAAAGCAGGAAUCUCUCGAGUUCCUCCAUAAGAUUGCACUGCUGCAACAGGAGAAAAAGGAUUUGCAGACAAAAAUGGCGACUCUGGAGCAAGAUCGAGCUGCAUGCAUGGAAACUGUUGAUCAGCCGCAGACCAAGGAUACCGAGGCUCAACAGCUCCUGAGCAAUGAUGAUAUGUCGUCGGUGGCAUUGUCACGUCAUAGGCUACAAUGGCUGGUACAACACCUCACUAAAGAGAACAACUCGUUUAAAGGCAUUACCGAAGAAAAUAAGAAUCUAAAGCAAAUGCUUGACUGUACGGAAAGGAAUUUCGAAGCUGAGCUAAGACAGAUCAAUGACGCAGCAAAAGCUGACCACGAAGUGAUGGAAAACGCGCUAAAAGAUGCCAUGCGCCAGCAUGAUGAGACAGUGGCCAGACUUCAAGAAACGACAAAGACCUUAGACGACCUUAGCCAGUUGGUUACUGAGCAACUCAAACGAAAGGACCAGGAGGUUAUUGCCGUAAAACGCCAAAACGAAUAUCUUAAGGAACAGAAUAUCAGCUUGAAGGCAGCAAUACGCGAGGCAGACGGGGCGAUGGACGCUGACCUUGUAGUUAAGUUGACUGAACUCCAGAGUACUUUGUCCAGACGAGACAAAGAGAUAAUGGAACUAAGGCGAAGAGCAACUGACCCCUUUGUGGAAUUUAGGAAAGAAGCUGCUUUACAAGGUUAUAGUGGACGAACAGAUGAAACGGGCUUCAGUGAGAUGAAUGAGGUUUUGUCCUUGAUGCAGCAGACUGCCGCACGAUCCAGAUCCAUAGAACAACGUACACGAGAGUGGAAAGAAGGGGUCAAGUUGCAACGGAGAGAGCUGGAAGAAAUUCGCAGAGCCUCAGCUUUGAGUGACGCUUACGCCCAAGAUCUAUUUUUCCAUGAAGGCGAUGUAACGCGAGAUAUUCAAGAUGUACAAGAGACACAGAAAGAGAACUCCAGACUCGAAACAGAUAUCAUUGCGAUGAAGCUCGAGCUGAAAGAGAAGGAAGUGGAGAGGUGGAGGGAGUUCCAUACUCAAAUGCUGAAUAUGAAGGAAAGAACACAUGCUGAGAUUAUACAAGAAAAGAAUCAGAUCAUCAAGGAUUUGACAAGAGCGCGCGACGAGGCCUUGAGAAGGGCACAGCAUGUCAACGUCGAAGUCGUCCAGAAAUCCCUGAAAAAUGCCGUUAAGCAGGAACUUGCUAAACAGACAGAGGAAUUGAAAAGCUACAUCAAGGCGAUUCGAAGUCAAAACGGCGAGGAUAAAACAAUGAGUGUGCUGAGGGAAACGCUUAAGGUAAACGACGCCUCUAUAAAGAAACUAGAGGAUGUCACAACAAAGAACUUGUCAGGCGUCAACACAGAGAUUCAACAGCUUAAAGAGUACACUUUCGAGAUGGCGGAUCUCCUUGAAAAGGAUAUACUCACGUCGCAGGAGAAGUUAUCAGAGCAAUUCAAGUACACUAAGGAUGAUCUUUCUAAGCUUGUACGCGAUGAACUUUUGGAGCUGAAAGAACAGUUUGGACACGAUUUACGAAGCUACGAGAGCAUGACAGCGGAUGUACUGCAUGCCCAGGACCGGGUUGGCUUAGCACGCAUCCAGGAACUACGAGAAUUCCUGGACAAUACCAGCAGGCGGAGUGGCGUCGAGUUGGAAGAAGCAAGGCGAGACGUGGUGGCAGCGGCAGAAGCAGUAGCGACUACCGCGCUUGAACUCAAGACGGUCAAGAAUCAUGUUUUGAGCAAGCUCAUCAAGGGGCAAGCUGAGAUGGCUGCUUUGGUGAAGAAUGAACGCUUGGGUGAUACGAAAAAGGAAGUGCUAGAUUUACGCGCCACUGCCGCGCAAACAAUAGACGCAGCUCUUGUGUUGAGAAGUAUGGAGGAGGAGUAUGCUAAUAGAGAAAGGGUAUACAACGCGAAUCUCCAGAGAAAAGAACGCGACCUGGUAGAGCUGACAAGGGGACUCGGUCAACCGAUCGCAUCCAGUACUUUUAGCCCCGCGCACAACGCGCACAAUGAUUUGAGGAACCUAAGUAGUCCGGUCAGUCAGCUACAGUUGGGCCAAGCAGCCGACAGGACCAACCGAGAGAUGACCCGCCUAAAGCGAACGGUAACGGACCAAAGCCGCAUGACGAUGGCUGAACUUGCAAGCAUGCGCAGUGAAAGGGACGACGGAGCGCGGCAAAUGGAGGAGGAGUUACUGAGGCUGCGUAGUAGAUACCAGCCUGCACUGUCCAGGGACGCGGACCACAAUGCAAUACGGGAUCGGAUUAUUGCCAGGGUCGCAACGCGAGAGUCUAGAGAUCAUCAAGAAACAACCAGCUCGACCCAGUCUCUAGCACCGCCAAGACCAGAAGCGCGUGUAGCCUGGGACAGCGAGCUUCCUACAAAGGAAAGACAGCAAUAAAAUAAGUUUCUUAGAAAAAACUCCCGUAAAAUAUAACACUGUUAUGUUAAUGCACUGUAAUGUUAUUUAACCCAUUUAGUGAGCUAACUAUAUGAGAAUACUUGAUCGAAAAACUAUUUUCCUGUGUGCAAAGAAAAAUAUACUUUGUUUAACUGCGAGUAUUGUGACAUAGGAUACCAUCCAAAGCUGGAAAUAAAUAUAUCAUAACCAUAA